CUCAGUUGUCGUUGGGUGUCGAAACAAGAUGAUCCUGAUUCUGCAGCUGCUGCUCGCUCUGAGUCUGAGAGCAGAUGGAUACAGUUGGUACCAAGUUUUAGACUGUAUCUCCAGGUCAUCAGAUCUCUCAGAUUCGGAAUAUAUUACUACAUAUUAUUUCAAUAAGGAUCCAUUCUUACGGUUUAACAGCACGGUGGGGGAGUUUGUUGGAUACACUGAGCUCGGAGUGAAGAACGCAGAGCUCUUUAAUAAAGGACCUGAAGUACAGCGGAUGAGAGGCGAGCUGGAGAGAUACUGCAAACCCAACCUACAGUUAGUCUACACUCAUAUUCUGGAUAAAGCAGUCAAGCCGAAGAUCCGUCUCACAUCAGAAAAGCAGGCCAGUCAGGGUCACCCAGCCCUGCUGAUGUGCAGCGCGUAUGGCUUCUACCCCCCAGCCAUCGACGUGUACUGGCUGAGAGACGGUGAAAAGGUGACCUCUGAUGUGGUGUCCACUGAGGAGAUGGCUGAUGGAAACUGGUACUACCAGAUCCAUUCCCAUCUGGAGUACACGCCCACAUCUGGAGAGAAGAUCUCCUGUGUGGUGGAGCACGCCAGCUCUAAGAAGCCCAUCAUUGUUGACUGGGGAGGUUCUUUUCCUGAUUCUGACCGGGACAAGAUUUUUAUCGGAGCUUCAGGGUUCGUGUUGGGGAUCAUCCUGUCCACUGCUGGAUUCCUCUACUACAAGAAGAAAUCUCCAGAGUUCCUGUGAAGUUCACUGCUGGUUCUUCUGAUGAUGUAGAGUCGUCGUCUUUAAUGUCAGGUGGUGAAGCACUGAAGUCUGUAAUACAGCUUUAAUUACCUGCGUUGUGUUUACAGAAUUAACGUUAGUCUGUAUCAUUUGUUUAAUUUUCUUAAGCAUGAGCUCAUAUUUUGCUUUGUGGAUGUCUUUGUUAUGUUAAUAAUGAGAGAAACAUGUUUGAUUUGGUUGCUGGAUAGGUUUUGUAAAAAGAGCCCAUUUUAAAGCACAUAUUGAAGUUUUAAAUAUUUGGUUGGUAUAUUACAAAGUGGACCAAGUAGUGUUUGAACUAGAUCCAUGUUCUAUCAGACAUUGGUCCAUCUUUUACUUUGUUUUAGCAAAUAAUGCCUCUUUAUAUAAAUGUAGUUUCCAUAAUUUAGGAUACGAGAUUACAUUUCUCAUGUUUAGACAAACAGGUCAAAGGAAAAUACAAGUACACCUACAUCACUGUACUACGGAGCCCCGCUGAUGACAUCCUGUAUACAUAAAAAUAAUGCAUGGCCACGCCUUAUCAAAAUGUGUGAAUGAGAUCCUAAUGUGUGGCCACAACUUAGUAAGGCAUGGGAAUGAGAUCAUGGCUUACGAAGUUGUGGCCAAACAUUAGGAUCUCGCCCUGCGCUUUACUAAGUAGUGGCCACCUAUUAUUUUUAUUUAUACAGGAUGUUACCAGCGAGGCUCCGUACUACACCAAUAGAGAAAAAACAAAAAGGUACAAAGGUCCAGGGUGGGUUAUCCAGGACCUCUUUAAGAGGCUGAUAUAAAGUCCUUAGGAGCCGAUGUGUUUGCAGUCAAUGCCUUUUCUGUAUUAAUCACUGAUUUUUAGAGAUUGCGAUCAGUGUGUGUAACAUUAUUGACGUGGCUGUUGAUUUUGGGUAUUUUGCUGCUACUAAUAAACAUUUCUUAAAGAUUUCUUUAA